GGGGUGGACCUUCUGAAGCAAUUGAAUUAUUUUUUCUACUGGACACUGGGAAGGUCUGUUUGUGCAGCUGAAGGCUGGAGGCAGGUCCGAGCGUUGCAUCCUUGGAAACAGUAGGUCCCAGCGUUCUGAUCCCCAGCUGAGCUGCCUGGAUGUUGCUUUGGUCUUUGAGCGCUUAACUCAAUACUCCCUGUUCACAUGGAGGACCUCCUUGUCUGGGAUAGAGGAGACUGAAAGAUCCUUACCCUGAAUUUCGGAGGGGAUAAACAUGGCUUAAACGUGAAAGGCAAAGCCCCAUUUUCCAUAGGCUGAAUAAUAGUCACCUGAAAUCUUUAAGACAAGCAACAAGUAUUUAAGAGACCAAGGAUACAGUGUUAAGUUAAGAAUCCGAGGAGUACAGCUACUGUGGCAAGAGGCCAAUCUGCCUUGUUGAAGGAAAGUGGAAGCAUAGUACUAUCCAAAUAUUCAAAAUGGUAAUGCAACAGUACCUCCUAACCUACUCAGGAGUAGUGUUUGCUCUGUACCUUCAUCAUAUCAUCAGAGCCAUUGAAGUUCCCCUGGAUCCAAAUAUUCAGAGUGAAUUGCCUCAACCUCCCACGAUUACAAAGCAGUCUGUGAAGGACUAUAUUGUAGACCCAAGGGAUAACAUCUUCAUUGAAUGUGAAGCCAAAGGGAACCCCAUUCCUACUUUUUCUUGGACACGGAAUGGGAAGUUCUUCAACGUGGCCAAGGACCCAAAGGUCUCGAUGCAGCGCAGGUCGGGGACGCUGGUCAUCGACUUCCGUGGCGGUGGAAGGCCAGAGGAUUAUGAGGGGGAAUACCAGUGCUCUGCUCGAAAUGAGUAUGGGACAGCGCUCUCCAGCAAAAUCCUCCUGCAGGUUUCUAGGUCUCCCUUGUGGCCAAAGGAACAUUUGGACCUCGUAGAGAUCGAUGAAGGAUCCCCGCUGACUUUAAAAUGCAACCCACCCCCUGGGCUGCCGCCUCCUGUUAUCUUCUGGAUGAGCAGCACCAUGGAGCCAAUCCACCAAGACAAGCGCGUCUCCCAGGGCCAGAACGGCGACUUAUAUUUCUCCAACGUUAUGCUGCAGGAUGCCCAAACUGACUACAGCUGUAACGCGCGCUUCCACUUCACCCACACCAUCCAGCAGAAAAACCCUUACACGCUCAAGGUCCAAACCAAGAAUCCCCAUAAUGAAACGUCUUUUCGAAAUCACACUGACAUGUACAGUGCCCGAGGGGUUAUGGAAACGACCCCCAGCUUCAUGUAUCCCUACGGGACCUCAAGCAACCAGAUAGUGCUGAGAGGGGUGGACCUCUUACUCGAGUGCAUUGCUUCAGGAGUACCAGCACCAGACAUCAUGUGGUACAAGAAAGGAGGAGAGCUCCCAACGGACAAAACCAAGUUGGAAAAUUUUAACAAGGCCCUUCGCAUCACCAAUGUCUCUGAGGAAGACUCUGGGGAAUACUUCUGCUUAGCGUCCAACAAAAUGGGCAGCAUCCGCCACACUAUCUCAGUGAGAGUGAAGGCGGCCCCUUACUGGUUGGACGAACCACAAAACCUUAUUUUGGCCCCCGGUGAAGAUGGUAGACUUGUGUGUCGAGCCAACGGGAACCCGAAGCCUACAAUCCAGUGGCUGGUGAAUGGAGAGCCCAUAGAAUCUGCUCCUCCCAACCCAAGUCGGGAAGUGGCCGGAGACACCAUUGUAUUUCGGGAUACCCAGAUUGGCAGCAGUGCCGUGUACCAAUGUAACGCUUCCAACGAACAUGGCUACCUUCUGGCUAAUGCCUUCGUCAGCGUUCUGGAUGUGCCUCCCCGGAUUCUUGCCCCACGGAACCAGCUGAUCAAAGUGAUUCAGUAUAACAGGACCCGCCUUGACUGCCCAUUCUUUGGCUCCCCGAUCCCCACUUUGCGCUGGUUUAAGAAUGGUCAGGGAAGCGCCCUGGAUGGAGAGAACUACCAGAAGCAUGAAAAUGGGAGCUUGGAAAUAAACAUGGCUCGGAAGGAGGACCAGGGAAUCUACACCUGCGUCGCCACCAACAUUCUGGGUAAAGCAGAGAACCAGGUUCGUUUGGAGAUCAAAGACCCAACUAGGAUCGUGAGAGGGCCAGAAGAUCUGAUUGUAAAGAGGGGCUCCAUGGUUCGAUUAGACUGCCGUAUAAAACAUGACUCUACGCUGAAACUCUCAGUCGCCUGGCUGAAAGAUGAUGCGCCUCUGUACAUUGGAAACAGGAUGAAGAAGGAAGAUGACGGUUUGAUAAUCUAUGGUGUGGCUGAAAAAGAUCAAGGAGAUUAUACAUGUGUAGCCAGUACUGAACUGGACAAAGACUCUGCCAAAGCAUUCCUCACCGUGCUAGCUGUCGUGUCUGCUCCAACUAAUCGUAUGACAGCCUUACCCAAAGAACGACCUGAGCGGCCUCGUGACCUGGAGCUGACAGACCUGGCGGAAAGGAGUGUGCGCCUGACAUGGAUACCUGGUGAUGACAAUAACAGCCCAAUCACAGAUUAUGUGGUUCAGUUUGAAGAGGACAAGUUCCAGGCUGGGUCGUGGCAUAACCAUUCCCGUUAUCCAGGGAGCGUGAACUCAGCUGUUCUGCGCCUCUCACCCUAUGUCAACUACCAGUUCCGAGUGAUCGCUGUGAACGAAGUUGGGAGCAGCCUGCCCAGCCUUCCCUCUGAACGAUACCAUACUAUUGGGGCAAGUCCAGAAAUCAACCCAACAGGAGUUCAAGGAGCAGGGACUCAAAAAAACAACAUGGAGAUAACUUGGACUCCGCUGAAUGCAACCCAAGCUUAUGGGCCCAACCUCAGGUACAUAGUCAAGUGGAGGCAAAGGGAUACACGGGAGAGCUGGAGCAAUGAGACAGUGAGAACCCCAAGACAUGUUGUCUGGAAUACACCCAUCUAUGUGCCCUAUGAGAUCAAAGUGCAGGCAGAGAAUGACUUCGGGAGAGCUCCAGAGCCGGACGUCAUCAUCGGCUACUCAGGGGAAGAUUAUCCCAAGGCUGCCCCCACUGAUAUUAGGCUAAAAGUUAUGAACAGCACGGCAGUCAGUGUCCAGUGGAGCCGAGUAUACCCGGAUACCAUCCAGGGGCAACUGAAGGAAUACAGAGCCUAUUUCUGGAGAGAAAGUAGUUUGCUGAAGAACCUGUGGGUCUCCAAAAAAAGGCAGUCUGUGGGUUUUGUUGGAGACCGACCACGGGGCAUAGUGUCCCGGCUGUUUCCUUACAGCAACUACAAACUGGAGAUGGUUGUAGUCAACGGGAGAGGAGAUGGGCCUCGGAGUGAAAUUAAGGAGUUCACAACACCUGAAGGAGUACCCAGUGCCCCCAGGUAUUUCAGAAUCCGACAGCCUAACCUGGAAACCAUCACUUUGGAAUGGGACCACCCUGAACACCCCAAUGGAAUUCUCACUGGAUACAACCUUAGAUAUCAAGCUUUUAAUGGAUCCAAAACGGGCAGAACGCUGGUAGAGACCUUCUCCCCCAACCAAACAAGGUUUACGCUCAAGAGGACAGACCUCAUCUCACGCUAUAGAUUCUUCCUGCGUGCUAAGACGCAGGUGGGAGACGGAGAAUCCAUUGUGGAAGAGUCGCCAGCCCCACUGAAUGAAGCCACUCCAACCCCAGCUGCAACCUCGUUGCCUACAACUACAGUCAGUCUAACCAGCACUACAACCAUCACCACAACCACCACCAUCACCGCUGCCACAACCAUUACAACCGUCUCCAGCACUACAACCACUACGCAGAGUGCUCCAACAGCCACCACUAAGCAGGAGUUUGCCACGAAUGGAUCAUCCAUAUGGAACGUAAAAGCUUUCACUAACAGUAACUGGGCAAACAUCACCUGGAGCCACAAUUUUUCUGCUGGAACUGACUUUGUGGUUGAGUAUAUCACCAGUAACAAUACAGUGAGAUCUAUCCCUGUUAAAGCUCAGACCCCUUCCUCCGUGCAGCUGGCUGACCUUACCCCCGGGAUGACGUACCAGUUGUGGGUUUUUCCCAAAUGGUCUAGCCCCAGCAAAAACUCUUACAUAACCUUUACGACAAGCUCAGCUUAUACCAAGAACCACGUGGACAUUGCAACCCAGGGCUGGUUUAUUGGGCUGAUGUGUGCCAUUGCGCUUCUGGUUCUGAUUUUGUUGAUAGUGUGCUUCAUUAAGAGAAGCAGAGGCGGGAAAUAUCCAGUGCGUGAAAAAGUUGAAGUCCUAGAUCAUGAAGACCACAAAGUAGAUGAUCCAUCAUUUGACUACAGGUCUCUUGAAAGCGAUGAAGACAACAAGGAACCGCCAGGCAGCCACACCUCCUUGGACGGCACAAUAAAGCAGGAAAGCGACGAUAGCUUGGUGGAUUAUGGAGAGGGAGGUGAAGGGCAAUUCAACGAGGAUGGCUCCUUUAUCGGCCAAUACACAGUCAAGAAGGACAAGGACGAGACAGAAGGCAACGAGAGUUCAGAAGCCACAUCCCCCGUCAAUGCUAUCUACUCCCUGGCGUAACAAAAUACAAUGAAACCACAAAGACAAAUAUAUACAUAGCCAUGGGGGUCAAACCGCUGCCGCCAACAGGAACCCGAGUAUGGGAAAAAAAAAAACCCAAUGAAAAAAGUUCAAACAAAACCAGAACAGUCCAGGUGGUCACCAGUGUCAUCCUAUCCUGAGCAAACAAAUGAACGGCAAGGAUUCAUGGGGUGCUAAUGUGUUGUAGCUGUAGCUGAAAUCUAAGCUGAACCAAAGGGGCCAGAGAAAGAGCAGGACACACAGGUUCUACACCCCGGGCUUCAGAACUUGGACCGCCAACCCCUCCCCAAGUCUUCUUUUUAGAUAACGCAGCACUCUCUUUGGUUAGUCGUUUACACUGCUGAGGUUUCUGGUUUUUUUCCUUUUUAGGUUCAAAGUUAUUUUUUGGAGAAAGGUCCCAAAUCAGAGAAAGGGGGAUUGGGGCAUGAAUCCACACAAGGAAGCAGGAGGGGUCAAUCAGCUAGGAAUAGAAACAACACAUUACUGUAUUAACAGGACGUUCUCUGUGACUGUCGUUGAGAUGGACGUCUUUACAGCCAGCACCUCGCUCAUAAUGCCGCCGAAACAAGUUAGCACCACAAAGAUCCUUCCUGUAAGGUGAAGCAGCAUUGCGCUGAACCCCAGAGGAAGACUAUGCUCAUGUGGUUUUCAUUGGUGCAGUUGGAUUUGUGUUAUACCUCUUAUUAAUGCUAAACAUCCACAUUGGGUUCUGUCACCAAGGAACCGAUGGGUGAGAUUACCCUGCAUCCAUGCUACUUAGCAAAGUGGUUUUUUUUUGUUUUUUUUUAAUAAAAGGGAUGUUGGGGAAGAAAUUUAGGACUUGAUUAAAGACAGGCAGAUGCAGCUCACCGCCUGACUCCAAGCAACUACUAGCCACUGGAUAAUUAUGUGGGAGACUCUUACUUUAUUCUUUAUUUUAUAAGAGAAAAAUAUAACCCCACAAACCCCACUACUUUUAAGGAAUAACCCAUAAAUCAGUGGAAAGCAAAGAGGAAGGACAAGUAUUAACAUACAAAAAAGGGACUAAGGGUUGAUAUCAUAUAUCCAAUCAUGAAAAGAUGGCACCUUAUAGCCGUGGGGGGUGGGUAGAAGAACAAAUUAUAUUAACCCAGAAUUGCAGCUGCUGCUAAGAUCCUUGAAAGUUUCAGGGAUGCCCAGGCCUGUAAAUGGCAAAGAUGCAGGACCUGGGAUCUCCUUCCACAUUAUUCUAAUCAACAGGGUGUCAUUCAAUUUGUUCUCAGUUAAAAAUCUCCUCUUAGCCUGGUGCAGCGGCCUUUUCCCCUUCGAUCAAUCCUCCCACAGGAGAAAUUACCAUGCGCUUAAAGCUGCAUGUGGAACUCUCACCCAUUUUGUUAUUUACAUAUCAAGACAACUCAGAUCAGCUAACCUGCUAAUACGCUGUAAUAACAUGUCUUUAUAGGAACUUCUAUCAUUACAAUGCUCUUCCAUAUGCCUUAUACAGCUUCAAACUUCCCCUGAAGUUUAAUAAACUAAGAAUAUUCACCCACA